AGUGGAGAGAGAGAGGGAUGGGGUGAGAGAAGGGGGCAGGCGAGAGGACGGACCAAGGGAAAGGAGGGACCCGGAGAAAGAGAUGGAGGGAACACAGCCUAAUGUAACAGGAAAGAGAGGGAAGCGGAUGGACGGAGAGAGAUUCAGAGAGAGAGACAUAUAUUCCAAGGGGGAGGAUGAAGAGAGGAGGCGCAGGGAGAAGAGAGACAGAGAGACAGAUCCCAAAAGGGAGGGAGGAGCAGACGGAGGUAGCCGAUCGCAGAGUGAGACAGCCCCAAGGGUGCCACCACGAGUCCAGAGCAGCGGAGAAUGGAGCAGUGACAUAGAGAGCGAAAGAAACAGGAGAAGAGGAAGAAACAGUCAUGAAGAGAAAGAGUCAGAGGUAGAGAAGGAUGUGGACAGGGGGCAGAGAGAGCGUAGCGAUAGAGUGAAGGGUAGAGAAGGAAGAGAGGAGGAGACGAAGCGCCCUGAGCAGCGGAAGAUGUGGUUAGAACCACAGAGGGUCAGAUAUAACAAAGACUCCUCUGUAGAGGAUGAGGUUAUAGAGAGAGACCGAGACAGGCACAUGAACAGAUGGAGAGAGAGAAGUGAAGAAGAGGACAGAUCCGUGGAACAAAGGACAGGCGGAGAAAAAGAAAGGAAGACAGAGGGAGAUGGACAAGAGGAUAGGUCAGCGGAACAAAGAAUGUCCAUAGACGGAGAGAGAGAAACUGAGAGGGAGGGAGGGAGAGAGAGGUAUUUGGAGCGAGGGACAGGGGGAGAAACAGAGAUAGAGUUAAAUGUAGAUGAAGACGAUGAGACAGAAGCCUGGAGAAGGAGUGAUAGCAGAGGAGAGGAACACCAGACUUAUAGCGAUGGAGAGAGAGAGGAACGCUGGCAGAGGGACAGGGAGACAGAGAGAGAGAAUGUGACAGAGGGUGACAGAGAGGAAGAAGGAGGAAGUGAUAGAUAUGCACACUCCGAGCGCGAGGGAGGAAGUGAGAGAGAGUGGGAAGGAGAGAGGGAUAGAAUCCCUUCCUCUGAGGACGGCUUUUUCACUGUGUCCAGCGGUGGAGAAGAGGAGUUUGAGGACUGCAAGGAAUUCUUGGAAGUUGGGAUUGCUAAUCAUGUUGCCAGGCAACCUGUUGGCUUUCAGGGGAGCGAGGGAGAGAUGGAGAGAGGUGGAGGGAGAAGACAUGAAAGAGAGAGAGAAAUAACAGAAGAACGGACAGAGCAAAAGGAAGAUGCAGUGGAGGGAGAGGUGAAUGACGGAAAGGGGAAGAAGCAACCCACCUACGUGUUCUGUGUGAUUGGACAAACACUGCCCAGGUCAAUACCCAAUCAGACAGAGGUCCUGGGUGACAUGGAAUCAGAGCCGACCAAUCAAAAUCCUGGAUAUGGUCAUAGUGACAGUGGUGACAUCACACACCUCCCUCAUGAUGACCCUUCCAGAGGUGGAGACCAAGGGGCAGAGGAUGAGAGAAAAAGAGUGAGGGAUGAGAUCCACGUGCCAAAGGAGGAGAGAACAGACACAGAAGAGAGCUCCAUAGUGGACGUCAGUCACGCCACCCUAGAACGAGAGAGCGGAGAACGACUGAAGGUCAUGGAGGAGAACCCAUACGCUGAGAUAGACCGAAGGAGGAACUCUGAGACUGAAAAACUCCUCAAAGAGUGGAGAGAAAGACAUAAAGAGUACACAGACACAAGAGAGAGGGACCCAACAGACAGAAGGAGGACAGAACCAGAGAUGGGUCCAUCAUCACACCCCAGUGGAGAGUACCACCAGCAUGGGAUCUCUGUAGUUGACCAAGCCACCUCUGACCAGAAUAACCCUGGAGUGAUGAGCCCAGAGGAAGCUGUGGCCAUCCAGAUCCGUAUAAGUGGAGCCUGGAGCACAGAAGAGGAGGCCAAGCGCCAUUCCCAGGCCUCACACAUGAAGUGGGCCAAUGACGUAUUGAGCGAGAUCCUUGGCUGCUCGGAGGAACACGCCCUCGGCGACCCCCAGCCAGAGUCACAGGGAGGUCAAGAGGUCAGCCAGACUGAGAGAGGGACCGAGAGGGUAGAAGAGGAGAUAGAGGAAGAAAAGGACGAGACGCCAGAGGGGGGAGGAGCAUCACCCGUCUACGCCACGGUUCAUAAGCGGACGAAGUGUGGUAGGAAGUCGGUGGAGGCGGAGCUGGCUGAGCGGGAGGCAGAGCCAGGGAAGGUGGUGGAUGAGAGAGUUGAUGAUGAGGAGGAGGUGAGCUUCAACUGGGGAGACGUGGACCUGAGGAAUGUCACGAAUACCAUCGGAAUGGCUAGGAGGAACUCCAAAUUUUACAAUUCCCAGCUCUACCAGCAGUACAGUGAGACGGCUCAGAACAGGGAGAUCCUUAGUCAGUCUUGCUCUGACACCCUCUCCAUCUACGAGGAGCUCCCUGUCCCCCUGUCCCCCGUACCCUCCUCCCUGGCCCCCUCGCUCCCUCCUGCCCGCAGACCCUUACCCUGUCUCCCCCCAGUCAUCCACCCCCACUCUCUGUCCCACUCUGGCUCUACGUCCAGUGGCACCAGCGCCAAGUUCCUGCCCCUACCACAGCCGCCCCAGGCCCGCCCGGCCACGCCGGCCCCCCCAGCCAGGCCUUCCUCUCCCCGCCUCUCCAUCUCCCUCACCCAGUCCCCAAGCCUGUGGCAGGAGAUCCCUGAGGUCAGGAACAGUGCUAAGUUUGGGGAGCUGACUGAAGACCAGAGACGCCUGCAGGAGGUGCAGUUUGAGGUUGUAACUUCGGAAGCGUCGUACUGUCGUAGUCUGGACAUCGUGGUGGACCACUUUGUCAAGUCUAAGCAGCUCGGGGAGCUGUUGACUACUCAGGACAGGAACUGGCUGUUCUCCAGGCUGGCCGACGUCCGAGCCAUCAGCCACAGUUUUCUGUUGAAGCUGGAAGAGAGGUUGGAAUCUGAUAUGAUGCACUUCACCGUGUGCGACAUCAUCGCUCGCCACUGUCAACGCUUCAAGAAGGUCUACGUGCCCUACCUCACCAACCAAUCAUAUCAGGAUGCCACUUACCAGAGACUCAUGGAUGAGAACCAAGGGUUCAGGCGGGUAGUGGAGAAGUUGGAACGCAGUGCAGUGUGUCAGCGUCUUCCUCUUCGCUCCUUCCUCAUCCUCCCCUUCCAGAGGAUCACACGAAUCAAGCUCCUUGUGCAGAACAUUGUGAAGAGAACAGCCCAAGACACAGAGGAGGAGGUCCAGGCCAUCAAAGCUAUGAAGCUACUGGAGAGGUUGAUCCAGGAGAGCAAUGACAGUAUUACUCAGAUGAAGAGCAUUGAGUCGCUGGUCUCUCUCAGUGCCAGAGUGGACUUUGAAUGCAGGACUCUUCCCCUGGUCAGUCAGUCUCGUAGGCUGGUGAGAGAGGGACCAGUGACUGAGAUGAUGGAUUUCUCUCUAAGGGAGACAGAGAGGAGUGUCUACCUGCACCUCUUCAAUGACUACCUGCUGCUGUCACUGCACAAAGAAGGGGGCAGGUUCACGGUGAUAGACCAUGCUCCGGUGUCAGAGCUGCGUGCUGAGAACUGUCGGGUCAAACUGCACUCUCUACAGAAGAACCUGUUCCGCCUCUACCUCAACAAGAAAGCCCUGCUACUUAGCACCGACACACAAGGUGACAAACUGCGUUGGAUCUCAGCUGUCUCCAGGCCCCAUCCUGUUAUUGACUACUCUGCAGCACAAGACUUCACACAGAUGCAGUGCAUCCGAGCCUUCGUUGCCCACCAAUCAGACGAGCUGUCCCUGGAGAAAGCUGAGGUCAUUCUGGUCCACCAGCAGAGCAGCGACGGUUGGGUGGAGGGGACCAGGCUGUCAGACAGACACAGAGGAUGGACUCCUGAGUCCCAUUUGGAAACCAUAGCCAGCCUCAGGGUCCGACAGCGCAACCUGUUGGAUGCUCUCAAAAUUACCACAGCCACGGCUGCAAUAUGACCAACCAACCACUGCCUGACUGCACUGGGGGAAUCCUAGUCACUGUGUAUCAAUGGAGUGGAGUUACUGUGGUCCUGUGGAUUUGGACAGUGGAUGAAACAUAGUGUUUCAGACUGGAGUUGUCCCUCCCGGCCUCACCCUGCUUAUUGGGGAUGAACGGCAAGGGGAUGAAUGGCUUUAGAGGGGGUGCCUUAGACGGGGGUGCCUUAGAGAGAGGCACUGGACUGACAUGAAUACCUGUAACACUUACAGGAGUGCCAACGUAAAUAGUUGGAAGGCUUUUGGAGGUGCCUGGGAGUGUCUAGGGUAGCCUUGUAAAUCAAACCCUGGCAAUGAAAGUCGAUGGACUGCUACAGGCUGUAUUGGAAAUCAGCCAUCUAAGACUGUAAAUACAUGGUAUGAUACACCAUGUCAGUGGACAGGAGUGUUUUGCAAUAGAGGUUAUAUUAAAGGGAAAUUUGUCUUUAAAUAAAAUGUUUCUAUAUAUUCAGGUCAAUUUAUUAUUUGUGUUUAUUACAAAGAUUUUCAUAAAUUACUUUUAUGGUGGGUACUUAUUGGAUGACGACUCAAACUGAAUUAUUCCACUGCUCUAUGUUCGCUACAUACUUCAGUCUAAGACUGCCAUUGUUGAAGUCGUUUGUGGUGACAUCAAAAUGAGGGGUGUUGUACUAAACAAAGUAAUCAGCGAUUGGAUAAUCUUUACCCAAUCAGAGUAUCAAAGCCAAUGACAAAAAAUUUUAGCGCAGCUUUACCCACAUGUGCUCUGGCUCUUCCCAACCCAUUGGUUUCUGGGACCAAUCAGAAUGGUUAUAAUGUGUUUGCUUUCUAGAAAUCGUCGGGGAGGUACUCAGAUCCAAACUCAUUGUGUAGAAGAAACGAAUGUCCGUGGGCAUGGCGUAGCGUUUGGCUGGAACAAGGAGUUUGAGUAGCCAGGCAAGGGUACUUAAUCCCCCUUGAGAUACAGAAGAGUAGGAGAUAAAGAGAGUGGUUGUAUGCACAUUGUUAAGAAUGUUGAAAGUGCUGUAAGUACAAUUGAAGUGCAAUACAUUCCCAGGACUGCAUACACAAUUUUAUGGCAAAAGAGGUACAAUGAUCAAAAUAAUAUGUUCUGUCUGUGUUGAGCAGACUGAGAAAGUAUGCUUUGGAAAUAAAGGAUGAUUCUCAUGAA